AUGGCAGAGGAGCAGUUGCUGGCCUUAAGCCUUGACGAAUGCGUUCUGCUGCUUACGAGGAAGCACGGAACUCUAAAGGCUGCUUUCGACAAGCUGGAUUUCUUCCAAGAUGGACGCCUCUCCUGCUUGGAAUGGCAGGAGGGCUUGCGCCAGCUUCUUUCAACAGGGUCCAAAGAUGCUCGUAGGUUUGAUCCGUUGAAAGAUCCAAGACGCAUAUGUGACUCGGUGCUUCUGCGCCUCUUCAAGGCCAUGGACAAGGACAAGGAUGGCUUGAUCUCCUACGAUGACUUGGCAAAGGCUAAAGGUGGGCCCUUUCUUUACUCACGCGAAAUUCGACAGAAGGAUGACGCGGAGAAGAUCCCGGCACUACCAAAGGAUUCAAAAGGAUCACCGAGAUUCCUUCAGGAGCUCUCGUACAGUUCCGACGCAAUGAACUUCACGAUCCUGCCAUCAGUGUCACGCAAGAAAGACGGGAAGGAACACUUUGCGGGCCACAUCUACUCUGAGAUGCGUGCUUUUGCUGCCCUUCUUAUCAAGAAGUUUGACACCCUAGACAAGGCUUACAAGCAUUUCGACGGAAACAGGAACAACCAGCUCGGGAUGACAGAGUUUGUGUCUGGCGUCUGGGCCCUGCAGAUCUUUGGGCCUCCGCUACGCACCUUGGAGCGGUGCUGCAUACGCUGGGCCACAUUGAAGCCUUUCUUGUCAGCAACAUGUGACAUGAAAGGACUGCAGGAUACAGCAGGCUAUGCAUGUCUUUCGUUCCCUGUCUUGCAAAGGCCAGAGCACUGCACUUCACUGGGAACGCAAGAUCCGUGUUCAAGGAGCGACUCCAAAUGCCGUCCUCCUGCAUGGAUGAUUCCGACCCGGAUUGUCAGCUUCGACUUGGGACCAAGCUGGCAGGAGCUCGAUAGAAACAACAACGGCAACAUAUCCAUCCAGGAAUUCAAGGUCCUGCGUGCUUUGAAUGCCACGGAGGACCGGUUGCCACAUGGGCAGUGGAAUCUGCUGCAUUAUCUGCUUGUGCAAGGAUGA